CUCUUGAAAUUAAAAAAGCUUCCCUGGCCUUGCGUAUCGAGUCUCUCUUGGAAAACACUUUUUCAAACAAUGCGAAUCCAGAGGUUGGGUCUUAGAGGUGUGGACCCCCUUCCCCCAUCAGACAUACUGAUACAUUUUCUGGAAUCGUCUCCGAUGUUGUUGUCGUCAUCGGGCAAAAUCGGAUUUUGUUAUCAGAAAUCGACCCAAAAUGCCCCCAAAAUGACUUGGACGUCUAAAUAACCGACGGGGACUUGACACGAGAACGUCUGAUUAACGUUCUUGCUCUGCAACGAAUGAUGGGAGUUUCAUGAUCCAAGAUGGCGAAGCAUCAUCCAGAUCUCAUUAUGUGCAGAAAACAGCCUGGCGUAGCUAUAGGUCGGCUGUGCGAAAAAUGUGAUGGUAAAUGCGUCAUUUGUGACUCCUAUGUGCGUCCCUGCACACUGGUGCGAAUAUGUGAUGAAUGCAACUAUGGUUCAUAUCAAGGUCGCUGUGUAAUAUGUGGCGGACCUGGUGUCUCUGAUGCUUAUUACUGUAAAGAAUGUACAGUUCAAGAGAAAGAUGUGAGUUAUAUAUCUCAUUAACCAAAGGCGAGGGCCGUACUGGGAGAAUAUUGGUCCGAGGUCUUGACAGUACGGACCUCGCUG